AAAGCCCUGGUGUCAUGUGUUUUCAUAGUGAUCACCUGCACCAGGUGGAAUGAUACUGGUCCCCGCCCUCUGAGAACACAGGAUGCAAAUGCUCUUGUUGUACAUAUCAGGUUUUUAGUCAUCCUGUGGGAGAAGAGACAGCUGACAGUGUGCUUCUGCUCGCAGAUACUAAACUACAAACUACACAGACUGGAAUACGCUAGGGAAGAGGCUUCAAAUAAAAUCCAAUGUCCAGUAUAACACCAUAGAUUUCGCUACAGAGAUGCCAAUUGCUGAAUUGCUUGGAAUGCAGUUUGACAUGCAGCUCCUAGGCAAACUGACUCUAUCAGUGGCCACCAUUCUAUUUGUCUCCUUGGUUUUCAGAUUCUACAACUCCAGGGCACGAAACAGACGGCAGAGUCGUGAAAGAAUUCAACAAAGGGAUGUGCAAACAACCCGAGGAAGCUACAGUGCCUGCAAUACUGAGCAAGAACCACAGAGCAAAGCUGCAAAGGAGAAGUCUGACAGAGAAAAUCAUUUUCAAGAAUUUUCAGAGAAACCCUUGCAAGAAAGCCUUAAAAAUGCCAAUUCUGCCUUGAAAAGGGGUCAGCCUGAAACUAUGGGCUUGGACAGUUGUGUAAAGGAGGAGCCUGCAGGUAAAGGCAACAUAAUUGAGGAUAUAACUGAGGCAAAGAGUGGCAAACCAAAGUUGACCUUAAAACUUCCUGGUGUGACCGAAACAGGUCCAGGAAUUCCAAGUGGUCGCCGAUCCCCAGUUCUAAUGAAGAAGCUAGAAGGUGUCACAGGUGUUGGCAGGCAGUUGAGGCAGGACAUUGGUCACCAGGGUAUGUUCUCAAGUUUUCAGUCAAAGGCAGAAGUCAAAGUAGAGAAUGCUGACCUAAUCUUGGAUGGGCCAGGGAGUUGUAAAAAGGGCAUCCAUGGAAAGAUCUAUGAGUACUAUGUGGAGUCCUCAUCACAUUUCAUCUCAGAUUUAAGCCCCACCCGGUCUGUCAGUCCAGUCUAUGGUCAAAACAGAAACAGCACUUCACAAUCAUUGGAUUUACCUGGCUUUAAAGACUGCUCCCGAUCGCCAAGUCCACAACCGCCUAGUAUCAUAAUUAGAGAUCUUGAAAUUGCUCCACGAAUUUCUAAUGAGCCUCCCUCAACAUUCAAACCAGAGACUGUGAGGUACAGCAGGCAAGCAGUCAUCCAUCAGGACAGCUAUCGUACUGCUGCUAGUGACUCAGAGCUUCCAAUCCCCUUGCCUACACAAAGGGCUUUGACACCUCACAGCUGUUCUCCAGCACAACCCAAUGACAUCCCUUCAAGCCCAUUAGACUCUGAUAUAGCAAACCUGGAAAUGCCGGAGGAGCCUCAAGUCAAAACUGUUGCCGGAGCAAAAUUCUUACACUUUCCAGAGAACAUGGGGAAUGCAGAACUCGAGAGUCUAGUAGGGAAGCUUGAUUUAGGCAACUGCUUGGAGGCUUUAACACUUGCUAAAAAACACGGUAACACUGCCCUUCAGCAAGCUGCUCUCCGUGUCAUGUCUGAUAAUUACCUUGAGGUCCUCAGAGACCCAGGCCUCUUUGGCUGGCUGAAAGCAGGGGAGCGUGAUCAUAUCCAAACACAACGCAUGAGAGGAAGGAAGUGGUUAGUGGUCGCAGAUAUGGAUUCCCCGGAUUGGAGUAGACGUCCGUCACAGUCUAUGUAUUUAGAGUCUGAAUCAGUUAAGUCAUCCAGUAUUUACUACUACGAUGAUUUUAAGGACACAUGGCACCUUCACACCCACAUUCCCCAGGAAGUGUUAUCUAAAGGUUGUGCCAUUUGCACCAUGGAUAAUUAUCUAUUUAUCGCUGUGGGUUUCCAAGGCUCAGACCGUGAAGCGACCCCUUCAAAGAAAGUGUACUGUUACAACCCAAUGACUUCAAUUUGGAGUGAAAUAAGCCCCAUGAAUGAGGCAAGGCCUCACUGCAAACUUGUGGCUCUGCAGGGCCAUCUUUAUGCCAUUGGAGGCGAAUGCCUAUCAACAGUUGAGCGCUACGACCCCAGGACAAACCGAUGGACCUUUGUGGCACCUCUUCCUAAUGAGACAUUCGCCGUAGCUCACAAGGCCACAGCCUGCAAUGGUGAACUGUUUGUUGCAGGGGGCACAUUGAGAUACACCCUCUUGCGCUAUAAUCCCAAGACCAACACAUGGCGAGAGAGCAUGACUGUGGGCAGUAAGGACAAGACCACAGAAAUGGUGGCGGUGAAGAACUUCCUGUACCGUUUUGAUGUCAGUCCCCUGGGCAUCAGUGUGUAUCGUUUUCACGCAGUGGCCCGACUAUGGUAUGAAUGCUCUUCAUUACGCCUCCCACAUUGCACAGCCUUUCAGUGUGUGACUAUGGACAAUAUCAUCUACUGUGUGAGCCGUCAGUUUACCUUGAGGUUCCUUGCAGAUGAGGUAUUGCCGAGCUUUGUUGCACAGGAUUUGAAAGUGCUAUCUCUGGCUAAAGGUAUUUUGUUUCCGUUCGUCCUUGUGCUUCCCGACAGAACCACUCAACAAACUUGUGUUUAAAAAAAUUUCAGAUCUUUCAAGUAAAAGGUUGUCUGGUAAAAACAACCACUCGAGACCAUAUUAUGCACAUGUUUAAGGAAUGUACCUUUUCUUAAUUAGUGGCAAUUGAGAUAAAAUAUCAAGGCUAUUACAUCCAAUUAUUGUACAGCUAGAUCACAAUUACACA